CUUCGAGAGAGGCGCUUGCUGCACCUCAGCUCGCCAACUCGUGCCGUUAUGUGUCGUACUUCGAAACAAGUUUGACGGGAAAUUCGUGAAGUUUUCCGAGCGCGUCCGGACUAACGUAGCGAUGUGCGCGAUAAUAUCAACUCAAACGGUGACAAUUUAAAUAAAGUGACAGUUUAAAGUGAGUUAUUCGAGAUGUUAUCGAUGGGAUUAUUGGCUGUGUGGUAUGCCGCUUGGAGUUGGGUAUACUUGGGUGCCGAUGCAGCGUCACUCACGAGCCGCGUCGCGGAGGCGCCUCAGGAGUGUGAAUGGCAGCGAGUGUCGGGCGAUGCUAGUGAAUCCACUCGCGUCCAGCUGGCGUGCUCGCUACGUACGGCAGCCGGCGCAACAGACCUACUGGCCGGUCUAAGCUCGUCGCAGGCUCAGCGCAUCACUGUCCUAGACCUACAUUGCACAGAUGUUCUCUUUUUUGAGAGCUCUCUUGAUUUUGGAAGAAGAAAAGAAGAAGGAACACAACUCUUAUCCCGGUUUCAUAACCUUAAAGAACUGAGGAUAGAGUCUUGUAAGAUUCGCUAUGUUCCCUCUGCAGUACUAUCACCGCUUAGUGGAUUAAGAAGCUUGUCUAUUAGAACUCACAACACAGAUUGGUCAGCGAUGUCUAUGGAAUUUCAUAGAGACACAUUCCGGGGUCUCACUGAUUUGCGAAGCUUGGAUUUGGGCGAUAACAAUAUUUGGAACCUACCACCUGAGAUAUUCUGUCUUUUGUACAAUUUGAAAGAGUUGAAUAUAACACAAAAUAGAUUACAAGACAUAUCAAAUCUAGGAUUUUCCGACUGGGGCAAUGGACCAACUGCUCCUGGUAAAUCGUGCAACACUGUGUUGGAGACACUGGAUAUGUCCUAUAAUGAAAUAAGGGCUUUACCUGACAACGGAUUAUCAAGUUUACGCGCGCUUCAAAAGUUAUUCUUACAAAACAAUAGAAUAUCUGCUGUAGCGGACAGAGCUUUUGUAGGCUUGAGUGAUUUGCAAAUUCUGAAUUUGUCAACAAAUGCUUUGACAGCCUUACCACCUGAAAUGUUCCAGUCGUCAAGAGAUAUCAAACAAAUAUAUUUGAAUAAUAACUCGUUAAGCGUACUUGCUCCCGGAUUGUUGGAAGGAUUGGACCAACUUCAAAUUUUGGAUUUGUCGGUGAAUGAAUUAACAAGUGAAUGGGUAAAUAGAGACACAUUUUCGGGACUAGUCCGUUUGAUUGUUCUGAACUUGUCACAUAACAGAAUCACAAAAAUAGAUGCACUGCUGUUUCAAGAUCUAAACAAUCUUCAGUUUUUAAGCUUAGAGCAUAACAACAUCGCACGUGUAGCGGAUGGGGCAUUUUCUAAUUUGAAGAACCUUCACUCGCUUUCUCUGGCUCAUAAUAACAUAUUAGAAGUUGACAGUGGACAUUUCUCAAACCUUUAUGUACUGAAUCAGCUGUUCCUCGAUGGUAACAGGAUAACAAAGGUCGAUUUACGGUCUUUUGAGAAUAUAACGAAACUUCACGACUUGGGACUGAGUGGAAACCAGUUAUCAGAAGUACCGGAGGCUAUAAAAACAUUGAGAUUUCUGACUUCCUUGGACUUGGGCAUGAACAGGAUAACAAAAGUUUCAACGUCACAGUUCGAAGGAUUAGAUGAUUUGUAUGGCUUACGACUUGUUGGAAAUAAGAUAGAAAAAAUAUCGAAGGAUACAUUUGCUGCCUUACCUUCAAUGCAAAUAUUGAACUUAGCUUCAAACAACAUAGAUCAAAUAGACGACGGAGCUUUUGCUUCAAACCAACAGUUAAAAGCAAUCGGACUGGACGGUAACAAACUAGUGGACUUGAAAGGCAUAUUUACUAACACCCAACCGCUUGUUUGGUUGAACGUGUCUAACAACGAGUUACUUUGGUUUGAUUACAGCCAUAUUCCUACUAAUCUGGAAUGGCUGGAUAUGCACGAGAAUAAAAUUGAAAAGCUUGAAGAUACAUACGGACUCAAAGAAUCAUGUUCAGUAAAAAUGUUGGAUAUUAGUUACAACAAGCUACGAAGCAUCGAUGAGUUCUCUUUCCCAAGCAGUAUAGAGACAGUUGUUUUAAACAACAAUAACAUUGACAAAAUAAGCCCUGGAACAUUUUUACAAAAGUAUAAUCUGAAUAAAGUUAUGUUGUAUGCAAACAAAAUAAGAACAUUGGAGCUCGGUGCCUUUGCGAUAUCGUCUGUUCCAGAUGACAAAGAUUUACCAGAGUUUUAUAUUAGCGAAAAUCCGUUUGAGUGCGACUGCACAAUGGAAUGGCUGCAGACAAUUAACCAAUUAAGUGACCUCAGGCAGCGCCCCAGAGUAAUGGAUUUAGAAAGUGUAAGGUGCUCUUUAACCCAUUCACGAACCAGAUCGGAUAUGCUAUUGCUUGAAGUAAAAUCUUCUGAAUUUCUGUGCGAGUACGAGUCACAUUGUUUCGCGGUGUGCCAUUGUUGUGACUUUGACGCCUGUGAUUGUAAGAUGACUUGUCCAGAUAAAUGCUCGUGUUAUCAUGAUCAAACUUGGACUACUACUAACGUAGUCGAUUGUUCGAACGCUGGCUACGAUCACGUGCCGGACAGAAUACCGAUGGACGCGACCGAAAUAUACUUAGAUGGAAAUGACUUGAAAGAGUUAGGGAAUCACGUUUUCAUUGGCAAGAAAAAGUUGCAAGUCUUGUAUCUCAAUAACAGCAAUAUAAAUACAAUACAAAAUAGAACAUUUAACGGUAUUGAAUCAUUGAGAAUUCUUCAUUUGGAGAACAAUAAAUUGGAGGUAUUGAGAAAUACACAAUUCACGAGAUUACCAAAUUUGAACGAGCUUUAUCUCAGUGACAACAAGAUCAAGGUUAUAGAAAAUGAUACGUUUAAUUACCUGCCUUCACUGGAAUACUUAGGCCUAGACAAUAACGGGUACGUUGAUUACAUGCCGUGGAGAGUCAUUACAGACAGCGAUCCCCGCACCCGCGUCUCAGUAGAUGGGAAUAACUGGAUUUGCGAUUGUAAAGACGUCAACCAGCUGAAUCAGUGGCUACUAAAAAAGUCAAAAGACACGGAGAGUAUGAUGUGCUACUUUGCCCAUGGUCAAGCCAUGAAUAAAACCAUUGCAACGGUAGCAAAGGAAUGUAAAACAGAAACGACUACCGAAGAGACUGGCACCGAAACAUUGAAACGAUUAUUCAUUGAAUCGCAUGACGGUGUCGAAAAUUACAUUCCAUAUAUCGCUGCGGUACUGAUAAUAGCAAUUAUUCUCUUACUAAUGUGUGCUUUGCUCUUCAUGUUCCGGGAAGAUUUUAAAUUAUGGAUGCAUUCAAGAUACGGUGUAAGAGUAUUCAGUUCGACUCCGAAAGAUAUGAACGAUAACAAAAAUAAACGAUUUGAUGCUUUUUUUGUGUACAAUCCACGAGACGAAGACUUCGUGACUCGCGCCGUGAGUUCCGAACUCGAAAAUAUGGGACAUACGUUGUGUUUACAACACAGAGACUUGCCGUUGGUUGAAAGACGUUCUGGUGACAGUUUAGUGAGUGCCUCAGAAAGUUCAAAAAGACUCGUUAUAGUGCUAUCAAUAACAUUCUUGCAGCAAGAAUGGUACGCGGCGGAAUCGAACGCGGCUAUUCAAAGUGCAAUCAAUUCAGUGAAUGUUAGACAUAGACGUCAAAAGAUAAUAUUCCUGGUGACGACGGACUUGAGUGCUAUAAACAUUGACCCAGACUUAAAAGUGUUACUCAAAACAUGUACAGUGAUCGUGUGGGGCGAGAGAAAUUGUUGGGAAAAGCUAAAUUUUCGGUUACCGGAUGUGGACGUGACUCUUCCAAAUCGGACGCUUCAUAAUGCGAAUAAUAUGAAAAGUGGUAACAGGGAAGCGUUUGGUCGUCAUGGGAACUUGAGGUAUACUGCGCCGCCAACUUCUCACGAUCCUUGGUAUAAGUAUGGUAUGAAUCCGCCUGGUUUGAUGAUGUCGAGUCCGAUGCACUCGACAAGCGCGAGCGCAGAGGUGUCCGCGCGCAGUACGGAGGACGAAACGUGUUCGGUUGCAAGUAGCGAAGGUCGGCCGGACGAUCGGUUACCGCACCACCACAGUUACGUCUCCAUCGAUAAUCAUCAGUGCGAGGAACGACCUCUAAGGCCAGCACAACAAAUUCCCAUGUCGAGCACAACGCAUCCUAGAAAGACUUAUUUUGUAUAGAACGAUCAUUGUGAUUUAAAAUGUAUCUGUAAAUAGAAUAAAAUUGUAUAAACAUAUUAUAAAUUAACUGGCAUAUGUACUGGACGCAAAUUGUGUUUGUAAGCUUAUCUUUGUUGGUGCUGUAAUAUUAAAAUUGAAUUAUGUAACAGUAAUCAGUCUUUUAUGCCAGACUUGAAAACUUUUUUUAUUGUACUGUAAGUACUAUUGAGUAUUGAUGACUGUAAUGAAUUCUGAACAUAUUUGUAGUGUCUUUUGUACCUGUUUGAAUAGCAUUCACUGUCCACUUGUGUAUUUGAGUUCUUUUUAGAUAAAUGAAAUAAAAUCAAUACAUUCCUUUUUGCAUAGGUUGUAAUGUAAACGAGUAAUAAUGUAUCUUACACACACUGGUACUUUAAGGUUCCUGAUUAAUUUUAAGGCCUGACAUGAGUAUUUGUGAUAAUGUUAGGUACUUAUAUUGAGUAUAUCAUGUGAAGUGAGAACUGUGUGAAAUAUGUACUGUAAAUAUAACUAUGUAAGUAAAAGGUAUUGCAGAACUGAAAUGUACCCUAGUCAAUUGUAAAUAGCUUAAUUGUAAGAAGUAUACGUAAGUAAAUAAUUUUGUGAUGUAAUUUUUAGCUAGGAUAUGAAAUUUUUUCGUAUUUAUUACGCUUCCAAACGCAGAGUAUGAAUAAAAUAAUAUUUUUAUCUACUA